UCACUGGAACCAAAACAAGAAGCUUCUCUAUCUCUUCAGUCAAGUUCUCAUGUCUCCUCUCAAAUAGCAAAAGAAUAUUCAGCAAAUUUGUUCACUAAAUUUACACUGCUUCAGGUUCAGUUCCAGUUGUAGUAUCUUCAAGUUUGAAUUGAUUCUUGGGUCUGAAAAUGGAGGAAGGUGGUCCGAGUCGUAGUGGCGAAGAACCCACAUCAUGGGAUGAGCUUUACAAUGUCAAUCUGAUGCCUUCAGAGAUUUUUCUCAAGUUCAGAAAAGAAAUUGAGGGCUAUCGAGUUGGUGUUAACUUGGAGUUUUACAAUUCCCCAUACAAUGAGUAUCUGGCAAAGCUGGUUUUAAAGCCUUUAGCCCCUGAUCGGAGAUGGAAGUUCAUAUACGAGCCUUUGCAUCAUGAAGUGCGCCUUCUUUCCAAGAAAAUCCCAGUGACAAAAUUUCUGAAUCUUCAGGUUGGAGUAGGCCAUAGCUUUCAGUUGCAUGCAACUGGUUGGAAAUGGAAGCUCACUACUUGUUUCGGCGGAGAUGGUGUUUCCAGCAUCCGGAAUAAAACAUCACUUGGAUUAUGUCCUGGUGUGGAUUUCCGUUUUGGAUGGAAAGCAGAUUAUGUUCUUCCAGAAGUUACUGGGGCUUUAGGUACUGGUGAACCACUGUUCAAUAUGAAUUCUGGACGACUACAAGCGUCGUUGGAUAGAGUGGAGGCCAUCUUUAGCCAAUAAACACAAUUAGUACUUGGUAUAAUUCCUACCUAUGCCUACUAAUCAAAUUUGGAUGUCGCUCAAUCUCCCUUUUGUACCUUCAAAUCAAUCUUCUUUGAUCGUAAAUUUAUCUGUGCACUAUGAUAUGGGGAUUGGACUGUGGAGCUGACCGAUCUUACUUGAGCGUAAACUCUCCAUUUGCCGAGGAAAUCAUGAAUCACCUUGAGAUCUCAUUUAUGGACAUAUAGAGACCUCAAGGGACUUCAUCAUUCAUCAACUAAGUGGGAAGUUAUUUUCUUUUUGGUUAACCUCUCAUGUCAAGUCAUCAAAAUUUUCCAUUUUAAUUUUGUUUCUGUGAGUAUUAUGCAACUUUUAUGUUCUUUCUUUGUAAGCAACACAUUUCUGAUGUCAUUUCUUGCUUUGUACAUUUUUGGGAGAUGGGGGCUGGAAAGUUUAAGGGAGGAGAGCUAAACACAAAUGUGUUCUGGAUUUUGACAUACUGUUGAAUUUCUUGUUAAGAGUUGGCAAGGGGAAGAGUCUCCUUUUUACACUGAGAAUCCUUUAA